AUGAAUAAGGACCCAUCUUCGUCAUCGUCGGAUGUGUUAAUCGAUCUGCAAGAUGUUUUCUUUCAGCACGCGAAGGAUACCUACUCGAGAUCCCUCUUCUGGCAACUCCACAAGGACCCCUCCCUGGAUGGCAAAUUUUCUCUAUCCGGGGUCUCCUUCCGGGUGCACGCGGGCGAGCGGGUGGUGGUGAUCGGCCACAACGGCAGCGGCAAAUCCACCCUUCUUUCGAUCAUCGCGGGGAAACGGCUGGCGAAAUCCGGGCGGGUUCGCGCCCUCGGCGGGCGGGAUCCCUUCCAGGAGACCUCGCUGAGCGGCGACAUCGCGUUUAUCGGCGAGACGUGGCCGCCGGAGGCGUAUUUCGGCUGCAGCGUCGACCGCAUCGCCUCGGAGGCGCCAUUUCCGUUGCGAAAGGCCGCCCUCGCGGAGGCGCUGCACCUCCGAUUGGAUCGCCCCGUCGAUCGGAUGAGCACCGGCGAGAAGCGUCGGGUGCAGAUCCUCCACGGGAUGCUCCGCCCCGCGAAGGUGUAUUUGCUCGACGAGUGCAGCACGGAUCUCGACAUCGUGGAGCGGCAGACGGUGCUCGCGCUCGUGCGGGAGGAGUGCGUGGCGAACGGCGGCUGCUGCCUGUACGCGACGCACAUCAUGGAUCGCCUUGACGACUGGGCCACACACGUUUUGCUCAUGAAAGACGGCCGCGUGGUGGAUUUCCUCGCCGUGAAGGACAUUUCGGUCUCGCUGGAGCAGCUCGCGCUGGAUUUCAUGCUCCACCCCGACGCUGGGGAAGGCGAGGGGUUUAACGGCAAACGAGGGGCCUCGCCAGCGCGCGAUACGAAGAGAGGGGCGCUGUCAAUCCUCACGAGCCCGGAGCCGUUUGAGCGCUACGGCAAAGAUGGCAUUCCACAUGACGAGCUCCAACAAUGGCAGGAUAUCUUCGCGGAAUCCCCGAGUUACGUUAACGACCAAUCGCCCCGGCUGCCCUUUGGUGCGGGGGAUAGGGGGGCCGAGGCGAUUAUUUGCUCGGAUCUGUCGUUUAAGGAGGUGUUUCACCACAUGAACUUCUCCGUCUACCGCGGCGAGCGCGUCUUGCUCUGCGGGUGCAACGGAAGCGGCAAGUCGACGCUGCUAAACAUGCUUGGCGGAAAGCAGUACUUCAACAACGCCUCCAAGGCGUUGCAGAUUAUGGGGAAGACCUGCUACGAUGAUAUGACGUUUCUCUCGCAGGUUGCCUACGGCGGGGAUUGGUGGACGAAGGCACCGAGAGGCGAGGUCUAUGUGCGCGAGAUCCUAUCGCUGAACACCCGCAGGGCGAAAUGGCUUUGUGAGGUGCUCGCGGUGAACCUCGACUGGGAGGUGAGUUGUAUCUCCUCCGGGGAGCAACGGCGCGUGCAGAUCUUGCUCUAUUUGCUUGAAGACAAGCCAGUUGUGCUCCUGGACGAGGCCACGGCCGACCUCGACGUGAAUCAGCGCUACGCGUUGCUUAAAUUUUUGUACCUGGAGAGCGCGUGCCGUGGGGUGACGAUCGUCUACGCGACUCAUAUUUACAGCGGUUUGAAUGGGUGGGCAAACGUGCUGAUUCUGCUCGAUCGCACGAAGCGCGGGGUGCAUGCCGUACGACGCGCACGCGACGGGGAUGUCAUCGAGAUCGAAUACUUAACCGAGGAGCUCGCCAAGCUCAAGUAUGAGGAGAAAAUAUAG